AUGACUCUUAACCACCAUGGAUCAGGCGGCAUAACUCUUAACCACCAUGGAUCAGGCGGCAUGACUGCUAACCACCAUGAAUCAGGCCACAUGUCUGCUAACCACCAUGAAUCAGGCCGCAUGUCUGCUAACCACCAUGGAUCAGGCCACAUGACUGCUAAUCACCAUGGAUCAUGCGGCAUGACUGCUAACCACCGUGAAUCAGGCCGCAUGACUGCUAACCACCAUGGAUCAUGCGGCAUGACCGUUAACCACCAUGAGUCAGGCGGCAUGAUUUUUGACUACCAUGGAUCAAGUGGCAUGACUGCUAACCCUGAAUCAUGCGGAAUGAGUACUAAAACCCAUGGAUCAGGCGGCAUGAUUGUUAACCACCACAAAUCAGGCGUGAAGGAUGUUAACCACCACAAAUCAGGCGUCAAGGAUGUUAACUACCAUGAAUCAGGCGACAUGGUUGCUAACCCUGGGUCAGACCGCAUGGCAUCUAAGGUGAUAUGA